AUCUAUCUCAUAAUUAAACACCAACACAAUCGGUCUACUCUCUCUCUCUUUCUUUACACAUAACAAAAGCUAGAACUCUUUUUGUGAGACCAUGUCAGGCGUCUGGGUGUUCAAAAACGGAGUUAUACGUCUAGUAGAAAACCCAUACCAGUCCGGUGGAGUGACGCAUGGCCGGAGGAAUGUCUUGGUUUACUUGCCCACCGGUGAAGUAAUCUCCUCUUACUCGUCACUCGAACAGAUCCUAAUGAGUCUCGGGUGGGAGAGAUACUUCAGUGGAGACUCAGAUCUCAUCCAAUACCACAAACGUUACUCCAUCGACCUUAUCUCCUUACCAAGAGACUUCUCCAAGUUUAACUCUGUUUACAUGUACGACAUCGUCAUCAAGAACCCUAACACCUUCCACGUCCACGUCCGUGAUUUCCACUGAAAUCUACGUAUUUUAAUUCUCGACGAAUCGGUUUAGUUUGCGUUUGUUUUGUUCCAACCGAGAAAUUCCAGACAUAAACUCAUAUGGAAUCUGAAGUAAUCAUGUCAAAUAACGUACUGGUCAAAAGAGAAGAUGUGUGAGCUGUAGGAAAUUUAUUUUACUAGGAAAACUGAUAUUUGUAAAGAAUAAUAAUAACAUAAAUUAAAAUUUCAA